AUGAAUAAUCUGAAGAAGGCUAUGCCGAAUCCGAGGGAAGAAGAAGACUACGAAGAAGGAAGCCGAUUCCUAGGCCGAGGCUGGUGCCUAAUUCUAUGCUUUAAACCUAAGCUAGAGCUGGAGCUGAAGCCUAAUUAUAAGUUUCAUCUAAAGCUGAAGUUAGGGCUGGAGCCUGAGUUGGUGUUGAUUGAGUGUUCGGGAAAUACUUUUUUGCUUGAGCCAUUCUGUAAUCAUUCCAUACCUUCUACAUUCUUAGUCUUCGCUAUACGAAAAAAGGGGAUUGGACUACUUAUAUAUAAGACUGGAAGGCUGCAACUGGAGGCAAUUGGACGAAAGCAAAAGAAAGAACGCAUACCAAUGCCUUAUCUCGGCCUAAGGAUAAGGAGUGUUUUCUGGGAUGCUAAAGAAAAGAGAUGGCUAAGGGGCGUAGCGGGAAGUCAAGCAGGAAAGUCAUCAGUGACGGCGUAUUCUCUACCCGACAAGAGCUAUGUUGAUGCCCCCUACCAAGGGAUUAAUUCCAGAAGGAAUAGAGGGGACAAGGAAGUAGUACAGACAGUUGAUAAGGUGCAACCUUGUGCCCAGAACCAGGCUGGACAUGGUCCUUCAGUGCAAGGUGGCACAAAAAAAGAGACCUCUUAUAAUAAGAUUUUGUCUGGUUCUCGUUUUGCUCCUUUGCUGGAUUUUGAGUGA